CCCUUCAGAACUAGCAUUUACAAACAACAGAUCUGACUUGUUUAUAGUCAAUUAAAAAAGUUGAAAUAACAAAAUGGCAGGGCGCGUAGCCCUCUGUUCCGCCGUGAUGGCGUUAUACGUGAUCGGAAUGGUGAUCGGAGAGAAGUCGUGUACUGAAGGUAUGGAUGAAGAAACUAUAGAACUAGCCAAGAUGUUAAGAGACAACUGCGGGGAAGAAAGUGAAGUAGACAUGGGGUUAAUCGACAAAGUAAAUUCUGGAGCCGACCUGAUGCCGGAUCCAAAGUUAAAAUGCUACAUGAAAUGCGUGAUGGAGACCGCAGGUAUGUUGGACAACGGAGACGUCGAUAUAGAGGCGACACUCGAGCUACUGCCGGAGCCCAUCAGGAAGAAGCACGAGCAUAUAGUGCGAUCCUGCGGCUCUAAGAGGGGCGCGGACGACUGUGAGACAGCCUUCAACACACAGGCAUGCUGGCAGAAUAUGAACAAAGCGGAGUACUGCUUGAUCUAGGUUUGUAAUUAAGUGAAUUCACAUUUGCCACAACGUGAUUCAGUUAAUUAUUUAUUGAAUUACAUAACCAAUAUUUUUUUAUUAUUUUUCCAAAUUACCUAAAUAUUUUAACCAAGUCUGAAAUCCAAAGUAUGAACCUAGGUAACAGCGCCUGCUUAAUAACUUAUAUUUUUAUACACAAUUCAAUCAAAUCUUGACAUGAAUGUUUAAAUAAAUGUGGUUUGUGAAUUAAAA